UGAAUACUCAACGAAGAAGAAAAGCAUAAACUUUCUGAUAGAAUUCCCUCAACAGAACCCAUUCUGCAGUAUAGUAUAAACUUUCUGUUUCCCAAACAUUCUUGUAUAGUGUAAACCCAAGAAUGCCUGAAAACCUCCCCUCAACCCCAUCCCCAACUACUACUAUGUGCGAUACCAAACGUUUCUCCUUAUGGGUGCUCCAAAUAGUGGGACUGCUGGGUCUCCUCGUGUUCUUGCUUUGGUUAAGUCUCCGCCCGAAACAACCAACAUACACGAUUAUCAAUUUCUCACUCCCAACUUCUCCGGUGAACCAAGGUGGCGACAACAGCACCGUAUCAUUUGAACUUGAGAUCCGGAACCCUAACAAAGACUCUGAUAUUUACUACGACGACAUGCUGCUGACAUUCUUUUAUGGGGAGGAUACAUUAGGGCAGAAAACCAUACCUUCUUUCUACCAGAAAAAGGACAGCACAACCCAAAUGUUUGACCAUGUGGAUGCAGAUCCGCAUGUCUGGAAGAAACUAUUAGGUGUAAUAUCAAAGGCAACAGCAGAACUGAAGGUGGCUGUGGUUACAAAAAUAAGGUACCGGAUGUGGGGUCGUAAAAGUAAGCAUCAUGGUAUUAACUUGCACGGUAGACUACCGAUUGGUUCAGACGGGAAGAUUUCAGGUAAGAAGAAGAAGAUUAGGCUGCAUCAUAAGUCCAUGGAAUGGAGAAAGAAAGGUCGCAAUCUAUGACAAUUACUAGUACCAGAGCAAAGAUUUUUAACCAUGUCUUGUAUCGCUUCUAUUUAACAUUCAAAUCCCCGUUAAUGUCAUAAUAGAACAUGUUGGCCAUACAAUCAAUGUUUCCAGCUACACACGACGAUUAUGAAAUAUUUACACUCACUUUGAUCCAUAUAGCCGAGGCAGAAUUUCAAGAUUACAAAGUUCAGAACCAAAGAUGUAGAGGCGUAUAUCAUGCCAUGAAUAUUUUCCUAACUUUUAGCAUCCGCUACAGUUCCAUCAAAACAUCCCACAAAAUCUGCUGAAGUUUUAUCGCGAUCCCAAACCAUUUGAACUUGUCAAAAUCAUGCACUCCAAACCCAGAAAGUAAAGAAACAAGCUGUUGAAAAACAUGAUAUGGGAAACAAUAACCAAACGGAAGGGAAAGUGAAUGAACAAACUGGAGGAUACGAGAGAAGAUAAGCACAGAGGCCACUGUGAAAGAACGAGAAGAAGGAUUAAAUUGAACUAAUAGGCCUGCUAUCAAGAAAAUUUGAUACGAAGUCCCCUCUAUAAAAUUAUCUGCCAACCAGACAAGUGGACCAUCCUUCAGGGUUCUCUUGAAACAAUUUAAAUAUAUCAACAAAAUACAUGAGACAGUCGGAUUGAAAUCAAACAUCCGAUCCAUAAGUUUUGAGCAUGCUACAAAUACAGCUGCAUUAAAGAGAAAGAAGAAGAAUCUCACACAUGCUCAAUGAACCAGAAUUUGAAAUACUUUCUGGAAAAUCUAUAGCAUGUUUCAACUGUUUAAUGGUUGCAAAUUUCUUCAAUCAACUGGCAUCGUUCAAUUGGUGAUUGGGCAGACUUUCCACCUCACAACAGCACAUCUAAAGCAUCAACAUACCAUACAAGAUAAACCCUUGACUUCAUUCUUUCUGGACUUUCGAGUAAUGAU